ACAACAAGAACAUUGUAUUUUUAUUAAAAUAUAAUUAUUUAUUACAUAAAUGAAGCUUCUCAAACCCAGUUGGGUAAACCACGAUGAGAAGCCAAUUUUCUCGGUGGACAUACAUCCUGCAGGGAAGCGGUUCGCGACUGGAGGCCAGGGUGGGGACUCCGGGAGGGUCGUGGUGUGGAACCUGAACCCGGUACUGUUUGAGGAGGUGGAAGUGGAUAAUAAUAUACCUAAGAUGCUGUGUCAAAUGGACAACCAUUUAGCUUGCGUAAACUGUGUGAGAUGGAGUAACGGUGGCAAAUACUUGGCAUCUGGUGGUGAUGACAGACUUGUGAUGGUGUGGGGGCUGACAGUGGCUGCAGGGGCACUCGGCAAGCAUAAGGCUGAAAGCUGGCGGUGCUUGGCUACUUUAAGAGGACAUGCUGGUGAUGUCCUGGAUUUGGCUUGGUCACCGCUAGAUAAGUGGCUGGCUAGCUGUAGUGUAGACAACACUGUCAUUAUUUGGAACGCUGAGAAGUUUCCAGAAAUGGUCUGUGUUUUGAAUGGUCAUACUGGACUUGUUAAAGGUGUUGCAUGGGAUCCAGUUGGUAAAUACUUGGCUUCACAAUCUGAUGACAAGUCACUUAGAGUUUGGAAGACUGCAGAUUGGACAGAAGAAACGCGGAUCACUGACCCAUUUGAGGAAUGUGGAGGCACGACCCACGUGCUGCGGCUGUCGUGGUCGCCGGACGGGCAGUACGUGCUGUCAGCGCACGCGAUGAACGGCGGCGGGCCGACCGCGCAGGUCGUCGAGCGCGAGGGCUGGCGCUGCGACAAGGACUUCGUCGGUCACAGGAAGGCGGUUACGUGCGCGCGCUUCAACAGCAACAUAUUCGUGAAGGACGGCAAGAAGUGCUGCUGUGCGGCGGUGGGGUCACGUGACCGCGCGCUGUCCAUCUGGCUGACGUCGCUCAAGCGGCCGCUAGUCGUGGUCCACGACCUGUUUGCAGACAGCGUGCUCGACCUGUCCUGGAGCUCGGACGGUUUGAACCUACUGGCUUGCAGUUCAGAUGGCACUGUCGCUUGUAUACAGUUCACUAACAAGGAGAUUGGGACACCACUGUCUGUUGAUGAAAAGAACGCGUUCUACGAGAAGAUCUACGGGAAGUGUCCGCUACGGGAGGCGAACGACACGAGCCUGCUGGUGGAGUGUCCCGAGAUACUGCUGGCCCGCGAGCGCGCCGCCCCGCCGCCGCCGCCGCACCCGCCCGCCGCAGACAAGACGAGCACAAUCAAGCCGUCAGUGAUAACGGAUCGGGGGAGCAGCACGCCGCUGCGGCCCGUCGACCGACAGAUCGAGACGCGCACGUCGGACGGCAAGCGCCGCAUCACGCCCGUCUUCAUACCGAUAACAAUGGCCGACGCUAACGAGUCUCUGGGCUCUAUAUCGGGCGCUGGCGGACCGGAAAGUUGCUUUAGCACGUCGUCCCAAAGCAAAUCCAGGAUACGCGUUGAACGACGCGAUGACAUCAUUAUACAUCCCAACGUCAGCAACCACGCCACGCACGCGCCGCAGCCGACGAGCGGUCCCCAAAUGGACGCUCGUCUGCGCAAGCGGUCGGGCGCGGCGCUGCCGGGGCCCAGCGCGGACGAGGUGGCGACGAAGCGGCCCCGCACGGAGGGCCCCGCGCCGGCCGCGGCCCCUGCGCUGUCGCUGCCUGUGCCCGCACUCGGCACCGCGGGGCCUGUCGUGCGCGCCGCCGGGGCAUAUCGACUGCAGGUGGUGAACAAAGGUGUGAACACGCAACACGGGUCGCUGGCGCGGCUCGAACUCAUACCCAACAACUCUGUCUCCAACGAUCCCGUCUGGGAGACUUACUUAGGUUCCCCCGUAUCGUGCGUGGCGUGCGACGCCCGCUGGGCGUGCGCGGCGUGCUCGGACGGCUCGCUGCACGUGUGGAGGCUGACGCGCGCGCCCGCACCCGCCACGCCCCCCGCCCCGCUCGCCGCCCCUCCCUCGCGCGCGCUCCCGCCUAUAGCGCUGCCGUCGCCCGCGGCGCGGCUGUCGCUGUGCGGCGACACGCUGGUCGCGGCGACGACGGGCGCGGAGGUGUGCGCGUGGGACCUCGCCGCCGCCGCCGCGCUGCAGCCGCCGCUGUCCUUCCGCAACCUGCUCACGCCGGGAGCGAACGUGACGAGCUGCUCGCUGCUGGAGGACGGCAACGCGAUGAUCACUCUCAGCAGCGGCCGCACAUACAUACACUGCAAGAAACUCUCCUCCUGGGUGGUGUGGGAGGACGCGGCGGACCCGGUGCGUCGCGCGGGCGGCGCCGCGUGCCGCGCGCUGCGGACGCCGCGCACGCCCGGCCGGACACGCCCCCCGCCGCCGCCUCUCCUACCCAACAGUCGCAUGCCGGCGGCGACGACGUCCGGUGCCGCGCGCAGCUGGCUGGAGGCGCAGCUGGCCGCCAGCGAGCACCUGCGGCUGGCGCGCGAGUACCGACACUGGCACGCCGCGCUCUUCGCGCACCUGCUGACACACGGUACGGAGGAGCAGGUGCGGUGUAUGCUGGACGACAUGUUGGGGCCGGCGCACUGCACCUCCACGCCGCUUAAGUGGCAACCAGAUGUGCUGGGUAUAAAGAAGCAUGACAUUCUAGAGGAGAUGCUCACACUGCUAGUCCAGAAACUCCGCUGGCAGAGACUGUACACAGAGUACUCGGACCAACUCAACGACCUCAAGAAGUCCACCAUGGUGAAUGGACAUUGAUAUAUUGUGUGGAUUGUACACUCAGUGUGACAGUGAAACUAAAUUUUGUAGAGGAUUACACAAUACGACUAACGAAUCAGUAAUGUUCUUGAAAGUCCACAGAAACUUGAUUACGCGCCUGUGAAGUGUUAUUUGAAAUCACUCUAAAUUGUGUGCGCCUGAAUUGGUCUAACUUUAUAGUUAGAUAGUCAACUCUAUUACUUAUACUUUAUUAUUUAGAGAGUCUAAAGAAGUUUGAAAAAUGAGUGCUGAAGAGAAAAAUAUAAUAUAAAUUAAUUGUGUAUGAUCUUAGUUGGAGUGAGGAUGCUAAAAUAAUGAAAAGUUGGGGACGUUUCACGAUAUUUUAGAAUGUUUAGAAUAGAUAAAGCGUAAACAAAUUGUAACAUUAUCUUAUGCCGUAAACAGUUUCGUUCCAAUCUGUUUUCAACCGACUUCCAAAAUGGAGGAUAUAUUAUAUCGACACUGCUCCGAAACAAUAUCAAAAUUGUAUUAUUAUUUAGCAAAAUCAAGAAAAAAGAAAUUUUACUGCUUGUGGAGUGUUGUAUUAUUGUUGAGUCAUAUUGUGAGAUUUAGAUAUUGUUCCUGUAUUGAUGAUAAUCAUAAAAAUUGUGGUGGGAAAUUGAGAAAAGAGUUAAAUAUAUUCCUUUUGACCGACUUCCUAUUAAGGAGACGGGUAUAUGUAUUAAGAAUUUUUACGAUGAUGUUAUGAACAUGUUACUAUUUAAAAAAGUAUUUCGCAGUAAAUGAUUUAUAUACUACUACGAUACAAAGCAGAAUUAUUUCAAUAUCUUCAUUGAAGUUAAAGCAUUUGAGAUGGCCUUCAUUUUAGUUUUUGCAGAAAAGUGAAAAGUAUUUUCCAUGAAAAAUAAUAUAAAAAAGAUAAUAAAUAAUAAGUAAAUUCUUAGUUGUUUUGAAAAUCAGUUUCACAAAACCCAAUUUCAUUAUUUAUUGUAGCUAGAACAGUAGAAUAAGUAAUCUGUAAAAAUAACAGCAAUAAAAAUUCGUCUCUGAUAUGUACGAUUUUGAAAUAAGAAGACAAAGUGCACAAGACUGUAACUGUUGUAAUUGUGUUUUGAUUGGUUUUUGAAAUGAAUAUGCUGCCAAUGUAGCCUUUAUUUGUAAAUAGAUAUUAUUACGAUUGUAUUUGCAUAUUGUAACUUUUAUACUUUGUCUAAAGACUGUUUUGUAGUAUUAAAAUACAAUGAUUUGAUU